AUGAAGGGAAAACCUAAAGGCCACGUGGACGUGGAGAGGACGAAGAAGACCAAAGAGACUAAAGGCCACUUGGACGUGGAGAGGACGAAGAAGACCAAAGAGACUAAAGGCUUAUCUGAGACGUCUCCAUCUGCUCUGAGUCUUGAUGGAGAUGUGAAGGACACCGAAGACGAUAGUGCUGCACUAAACACACAUGAAGAGGAACAUAGUGACCUCGUCCAAUCCCCGAGAUCCCAUCACAGCACUGUAAACAGGCUGAGGAGACUGGCUGAGGAGGAAGAGAGACAAAGGUUAGAGGAGAAGGAGACUGAGAGGAGAAGAAGGGAGCAGGCGGAGAAAGAGAAGGAGUGGAGGAAGAAGGAGCAGAAGAGACGACAGAUGGAGAUGAUUCAGAAGAUCAGACAGGAGGAGGAGGAACGCAGGGCAGCUGAGUUGGAGCUGCAGCGACUAGAGGAGGCGAUGAGUAAGGAAGAGGAGAGGAAGAGGCUGGCAGCGAUGGAGGACCAUGAGAAGAGGGAGUACCUGCAGAAACAGGAGGAGGAGGAAGAGGAGAGGAAGAAGGCAGUGGAGGAGAGAAAAAGCAGAGAGGAGGAGGCAGCGCAGUGGGCAAAAGAAGAGGCACGACUACAAGCUGAACUGUUUGCCAGGCAGAGGGCUUUACUAGAGCAGCAGCUGCAGUUCAGACGAGGCCUGCUGACGGAGGCCGGAGCUUUGGGACAGACUCAGGACAUCUCUCGAGCCUGGGUCUACUCUUACUUCCAGCUCAUACAACUACUGGGGCUGGCUGAGGUCCCCACAGCACAGGAAGACUCACCCAAAGACAUGUCCUAGAAUGUUUGAUGGGGUUGGUGAGAAAGUAAAGGAUCAAUGAAACGUCUCAUUCAAGGACAUGUGACAGGAAGUAGGACCCCUACUGAUAGUAAUAACAAUAAGUGUUUACAAUAUCAUAACAAAAAAAAACACAGCAAUUUUUUUAAUUUUUAAACCACAAUAAAAAUUAUAUUGAAAAAGCUAAAGCCUAUUGCACAUGUUUUUAUUUAAUACAAAAAUGUAGAAUAUACAGAUUAGUUGAAACAAAUACAUAAACAUUGUAAACGUAUUAUAAACGUAUUGAAAAACAAUGUGCAGCCAACCCAGUGCCAAAGACAUUCUCUAUUGUCAAUCUGCUGUUUUAUACAGUAUCCAUAGAAGUCCACAGGAGCAGUCUAUAUAUGCUUCCCAAAUGGCACCCGAUUCCCUACAUAGUGCACUACUUUUGGUCAGAGCCCUAAGGCACCCUAUUCCCUAUAUAGUGCACUACUUUUGGCCAGAGCCCUAUGGCACUAUAUAGGGAAUAGAGUUCCAUUUGGGAUGUAUGUUAUUACUGAUCGUUAGAUCAAUCCAUUUUCUUCUUCUCUUACUGUCUUAAGACCACUCUUUAACCUGAUCACACAUCGACUUCACUAGGUGAUUAUUUUAUAACCUUGUAAAAAAGUGCCUCAACAAAUAUAAUGGAUCAGCAUAUACAGUGCAUUCAGAACGUUUCCAGACCACUUCCACAUUUUGUUACGUUACAGUCUUACGCUAAAAUUAAUUCAAUUGUUUUCCCCCUCAUCAAUC